AUGACUGAUGUAGAGGAACCCAAAAAUAGGCUAAAGGUGCUCCAACCUCCGAGAUCUCCACAACCCACUACGGACAGCAGAGUCCCUCCAUUGCCAUCAGUUCCUCCCAAAGGGAUAGCCAUGAUGGGGCCUACGCCAGUCAAACAAAACACAAGACAGCUGACCAGUAGUCAAAUGGUAACUCCCUGUAUGAAAGGGGUUCCUGCUCCUGCUGUACCCAGCACACCUAGUCCGGUAAGUGUAUCCAACACACCUAGUCUGAUGAUGAAGGACUUUACUGUGAAUGGUAAACAGUACUGGGUUCUGAAGUUGGUCGGACGAGGAGGGUCGAGUAAGGUGUAUAAAGUACUGGACUGUAACCUGGAAAACAGGGCCAUUAAAGUGGUGGACCUGGCAGAUGCUAAUGAGCAGAUUCUGGAGGGUUACCGGAAUGAAAUACACCUUCUGGAGCGUCUACAGUAUUGUUCCAAGGUCAUCAAGAUGUAUGAUUAUGAAUAUGAUGAAGAAAAUAGCAAGCUGUACAUUGUAAUGGAACAUGGAACUGUAGACUUUGCCAACUUCAUAAAAAAUAGACUAAAAGAUGAAGGACAUCUGUCACCAAAUACCAUUAAGUUUUACUGGGAGGACAUGCUACAGGCAGUGGGAGCUCUUCACAAACAAGGCAUCAUUCACUCGGAUUUGAAGCCAUCCAACUUCCUGGUCAUUGAUGGUACACUACGUCUAAUUGACUUCGGGAUCGCCAAGUCUAUCCAGUGUGACAAAACAAGUGUAAUGGUAGAUACACAAGUUGGAACCCUCAACUACAUGUCUCCGGAGAGUAUUGUGGACUCGUGUGGAGGGGAAGGUGGGGGUCGCUCCAAACCCACCUACAAGCUAGGUGUGAAGAGUGACAUUUGGAGCCUUGGUUGUAUCCUGUUCUAUAUGGUGUAUGGCCAUACACCCUUCCAGAAAAUAACAAAUACAUUCAUCAAACUCAAGGCUAUCAUCAAUCCAGACUACCCAAUAGAAUUCAAGGACAUCUCUGACAAAAACUUACUGGACACGAUACAUAAAUGUCUGAUUCGGGAGCCAAGAGAGCGUGCCAGUAUAGAGGACCUUUUAGCACAUCCCUACAUCACAAACCUGGAUAGAGUAGACAAGGAAACGUUACCAAAACUAGAGUGUAAAGAUGACCACUUAGAGCGCCUGGUCAAACAGCUGUCCACCAAAUUUGCCUCGUCGCCAUCUGGCAUCCGUUCCAUGGUGCAGAGUGCAAUGAUGAAGGACUCGACAUGAAGCUACCUUUGUGGAAGAAUUCCUUGGAGACAGCAGAUUUUCAGCAUUCAUGGAAGUUACGUUCUGCCAACAUUGCAGUGGACAUUGCUAUAGAUCAAUUGUGAUAUUGUAUGCCUUCAACUUUGUCGGUGUAGAUCCUGAUAGUGUGCUUUGUUAAUCUUAUCAUGCAAAAUAUCCACUGCUGAUAUUUGCUUUAACCAUUUGUUGCAACACCUGCUUCCUUAGACAUUCUGAGUCACGUUUUCUGGCGAUGUAAACAAUACUAUGGAAAGGACACUGUUUCCAACUACAUUUUUUCCCUGCUCCGGCCAUUUAAGAUAGAAGUAUCAUUUAACCGAGACUUACCAAUAAUCGCUGAUAAAAACUUUCUUGCAGCCUGAAAACCAUUCAGUUAUAUUGACACUUCUAUUUUACACCUAAAUAGCCUAGGUGGUGGUAACUCAAACAUAGUGGUAUGUUGGAAGCUAUAUUAGAUGUUUUAACUUUAGGUUCCAGUGAACCGAACUGUUUUAAGUUUGCAAUUCAAGACUACAAACGAUUGCCUUAGUAAGAUUGGAUUGUUUUGAUUUGACUUGUUUAAUUGUUAAACUUGUUUUACAUCAUGUAUUUGAUAAAAUAUCUAAUGACUUUGUAUUUACAUGAACGAUUGAAUCCAAGAGGUUUAUACUAGUUAUCAGACAGUAUGAUGUAUGUACGUACAUGUGUUAUCAUCAUUGUUGCAUUGAACUGUCUAAAGUUCAACUACUAUCAACAUGGGAUGCACAUUUCUCUCUCUCUCUCGCUCGCUAUCUCUCUCUCUCUCUCUCUUUCUCUCUGAUUUAGAAUCGGUUUUGUACAUUAUGCUCUUGUAAUGCCAGUUUUAUUGUGGUAUUAAAUGUAUGUACAGCUUAACAAACAAUUUUAUCCCACCAAUGUCAUUUUUAUCUUGGAUAUUGCUAUGCUCACAUUAUCAGAAAGAGUCCCGGAAUCAUGCUCAGUCUUCACAGAUACUCUACUUUAUUCAAUGAUUAAUGGAAACGGAUACUUUAUUCAAUGAUUAAUGGAAACGGAUAUUUUUUCUUUUUUUUGUAUGCACCAACUGCUGUAAAUCAUUUUACUGACCAGUUGUCAUAGUGUCGUGUCUGAUUACAAUAAUUGUUAGGUAGUGUAGGCUAGAUAAAUGUUAUAGUAAAUAACAGUGAUGAUAGCCUUAUAAAUCAAGAAUUGCAUGUUAUGGUUAUUGUUUUUACAUUUGAUAUAGAUGACCAGUUUGUACAUGUUUGAAAUAUGGAACACAGACUAUACAUUUAUAAGAAAUAUAUGAAUAAAAUAAUAUAUGAAAUGUGA